UGGAAUGGUGGUUUAGUGUACGGCUAUCAAAGACGUGCGCUCCUAAAAUCACAGCUUCAGAUUGACUUCCGAGAGAGAGUCCGAUCGUUAAACUCAUCGGAUCGAAGAGUAGAGAGUAGAGCACUGAAGAGAUGAACGUUGUAGGGAGACAAAUGCAGAGAUCUGGUUCGUCUACAGUACACCAUCAGCGUCAGUACUCCGAUAAUUUCUUAGAAACCUCCUCCAAUGGAAGAUGGCUCCAAUCUGCUGGUCUUCAGCAUCUUCAGUCCUCAAAUUCAAAUGCAACUGUUCCUGGUCUACAGGACUUAGGUUAUUAUGGUGGCGGCGGCGGCGGUGGUGUUGGAGGAGGACUUCAGGGGUCAAGAAAGUAUCGGAACGUGCAGAGGAGCGUUAGUGGGGGUAAUGAGCUUUUCUCGGAGCCUUCUACUCCGCCACUUGAUUCGCGAUCGUCUAGCCUGAGGAAGAAUGCCGAUGACCAAAUGUCUCCGGGUGAGCUCAGUCCUGGUAUCUUGGAUCUGCAUUCCUUCGACACUGAGCUACUUCCGGAUAUGCCGGUUCCUGCUACAUAUGGUAAUUCUACUCUUUACCAUGCUGUGCGAGGCAGAAGCUUUGAUGACGCUGAGCCUUAUCUUCCUACCAACAAGCAAAUAAAUAAAGCACGUGCUAUGGCAGAGAAUAAUCUUCUGAAAAGCGUAUCAGUUGAUAAAGAGAAGGCCAGUUCCGUUGCUAAAAUCAAAGUUGUGGUACGCAAGCGACCGCUAAAUAAGAAGGAGAUGGCCAAGAAAGAGGAAGACAUCAUAACAAUAGAGCCAAGUUCCAAUUCUCUUACUGUUCAUGAGACUAAACUGAAGGUUGAUCUGACAGAGUAUGUUGAGAAGCAUGAAUUUGUUUUUGAUGCAGUGCUGAAUGAGGAAGUUUCAAAUGAUGAAGUGUAUCGUGAAACUGUGGAGCCUAUUGUUCCAAUAAUCUUUCAGAGGACCAAAGCAACUUGCUUUGCUUAUGGGCAAACAGGAAGUGGGAAAACUUAUACAAUGCAACCACUGCCCCUUAAAGCAUCUCAGGAUAUUUUAAGAUUAAUGCACCAUACUUACCGUAAUCAAGGUUUCCAGCUGUUCGUGAGCUUCUUUGAAAUAUAUGGUGGGAAGCUUUUUGAUCUUCUUAAUGAUCGGAGAAAGCUUUGUAUGAGGGAGGAUGGUAAGCAGCAAGUGUGCAUUGUUGGUUUGCAAGAGUACAAGGUAUCAAACGUGGAGACAAUCAGAGAGUUCAUUGAGAAAGGAAAUGCUACGAGAAGUACAGGGACAACUGGUGCUAAUGAGGAAUCGUCCCGCUCGCAUGCUAUUCUCCAGCUUGUUAUCAAGAGAUCUGCUGAUGGCAGUGAAUCAAAGCCUCCCCGUGUCGUUGGCAAGCUCUCAUUUAUAGAUCUUGCUGGAAGUGAACGUGGUGCAGAUACUACUGAUAAUGAUAAGCAGACAAGAAUGGAAGGUGCUGAAAUUAAUAAAAGCCUGCUUGCAUUGAAGGAAUGUAUUCGAGCACUAGACAAUGAUCAGGGACACAUUCCUUUCAGAGGGAGUAAACUGACUGAAGUUCUUAGAGAUUCAUUUGUUGGUGAUUCACGCACAGUUAUGAUAUCUUGUAUUUCCCCGAGCUCAGGGUCAUGUGAACACACCCUGAACACGUUAAGAUAUGCUGACAGGGUUAAGAGCCUUUCAAAGGGAAAUAACUCUAAGAAGGAUCCUUUGCCAUCAACCAUAAACCUAAGGGACUCAACUGCUGUAUCCAUAUCUUCAGUUUUACCAACAAUACCAAAUUUUGAGGGUAACAUCUCUGAUGUUCCUGAAACAAGCAGAUUUGGAUGGUCCAGACAGAUUGAGAGAGAAGCUUCUCCUUCUUUUAAUCUGGAUCGUACACCUAGUAGAAGGGAGGAGGGCCCUUUGGCAACAACUGUAUAUUCAGAUUUCCUCAAGGAUAACCGAGAUGAUAGGUUUGGAAUUGCCACGGAGGAUUUUGAUUACUCUGAGGAGCUAUAUGAGCAGAAGCCAUUGAGGAAGAAGAAUGGAAAGCCAGAGACCUACCAAUUCUCUGUUGUAGAUGACAAGCUAAGAAGAACUGAUAUGCAGGCUAAAAGCAAAAACCUGCCAAACUUUGACCCUAAUAAUUCACAUUCAGAUGAUGAUCUGAAUGCUCUCUUAAAGGAAGAGGAAGAUCUUGUAACUGCUCACAGGAGACAGGUUGAGGAGACCAUAGAUAUUGUCAGAGAGGAGAUGAAGCUGUUGGUUGAAGCAGAUCAACCAGGAAAUCAUCUGGAUGAUUACAUCUCUAGAUUGAACACUAUGCUGUCCCAAAAGGCUGCAGGGAUACUACAAUUGCAGAACCGAUUGGCUCAUUUCCAGAGGCUUCUGAAUGAGCACAAUGUUUUAGUCUCAUCUGGCCUCUGAUUUCAUGGACUAGUGGAAUUGAUAAUUGGAGAAAAAUUUUCAAGAUGUUAUAUUUGUUAUACACUAUCUCUAUUCAUUGAA